AUGAACUCCCUCCUUGCGCUUGCUGUGCUCUUCGUGUGGGGCAUGGUGGCAGCGCACGGGAACAUCUGGGACCUGCAGCGCAUGAUCACGAAGGCAACGGGGCGCGCCGCAGUGCUGCAUUACUCUUUCUACGGGUGCCACUGCGGCUGGGGGGGCCGCGGGGGGCGUCAGGGCUCCUGGUGCAGCCAGCUCUCCUGCGAGUGCGACCGCAGCCUAGCGCUCUGCCUGCGGCGAAGCCUCGACAGCUACAGAGCCCGCUACCGCUUCUACCCCAAGCACAAGUGCCGGUAG